GGGAACCUCCACCGGAUGGCAGCACAAGGCCGCGCCGGUGAGCGGCGUGCGUGGGCGUUCCUGCCUCCGCCAUCAUGUCGGGGUGGUGCACAAACUCCGUGCAGAGGAAAUCCCGAAGAGAAGAGUACGACUAACCUGGAGACCCCCGUCGUUCUUUACGUUAUUAUCACUAUCUGUGCAUUUUUGUGGGUUUAAUUAGGUCUGAUCUCCGGGACACAGUGCAGAUCUGCUGCUGAUCCUCCGGCUUCCUUCCUCUAGUGACACCGGUACCGAGUGAUGCUGCUGCCAGUGCGGCCCGCGCUGCCCACCUAAACCACCACUGACCGUUAUCAUGUCCAACUCAGACAUGGGUCUCAACCCCACUGACAGGGUGAUCAGAUCGGUCCCGUUCCCGCUGAGCCACAGGUUGACUAUUCGGGAGGUGUUUGACUGUGAGGGGAAACCACGCAUAGACCUGCUGAAGGCUCAUCUUACUAAAGAGGGUCGUGUAGAGGAGCCAGUCGCCCUGCAAAUUAUCAAUGAGGGAGCUUCAAUUUUACGACAGGAAAAGACCAUGCUGGACAUCGAGGCCCCCGUUACAGUGUGUGGAGAUAUUCAUGGCCAGUUCUUCGACCUGAUGAAGCUCUUCGAGGUUGGAGGGUCACCAGCCACAACGCGGUACCUCUUCCUGGGAGACUAUGUGGACCGAGGCUACUUCAGUAUAGAGUGUGUUUUGUAUCUGUGGUCACUGAAAAUCCUCUACCCAAAGACUUUAUUUUUGCUGCGGGGAAACCAUGAAUGUAGACAUUUGACUGAAUAUUUCACCUUCAAACAAGAAUGUAAAAUAAAAUACUCCGAGCAGGUGUACGACGCGUGUAUGGAUGCGUUCGACUGUCUGCCGCUGGCUGCUCUGAUGAAUCAGCAGUUCCUGUGUGUGCAUGGCGGCCUCUCGCCUGAAAUCCACACAUUAGACGACAUAAAGAAGCUUGACCGAUUUAAAGAGCCUCCAGCAUUCGGGCCCAUGUGUGACCUGCUGUGGUCAGAUCCACUCGAAGACUUUGGCAAUGAGAAAUCCCAGGAGUAUUUUGGCCACAACACAGUUCGGGGCUGCUCCUACUUCUACAGCUAUCCUGCAGUAUGUGAGUUUCUACAAACUAAUAACCUGCUCUCAGUGAUCAGAGCCCACGAGGCCCAGGAUGCAGGUUACCGGAUGUACAGAAAGAGCCAGACGACAGGUUUUCCCUCUCUCAUUACAAUCUUUUCUGCACCCAAUUACCUGGACGUUUAUAAUAAUAAAGCCGCGGUGCUAAAAUAUGAGAACAACGUGAUGAACAUACGGCAGUUUAAUUGCUCGCCUCACCCUUACUGGCUGCCUAACUUCAUGGACGUGUUCACCUGGUCCCUGCCCUUCGUGGGUGAGAAAGUGACUGAGAUGCUGGUUAACGUCCUCAGUAUCUGUUCAGACGACGAACUCAUGAAUGACGGUGAUGAGAUAUACGAUGCUAAUGCUGCAGCAGCUCGUAAGGAGGUGAUUAAGAACAAAAUCCGUGCUAUUGGCAAAAUGGCCAAAAUGUUCUCCGUUUUACGUGAGGAGAGUGAAAAUGUGUUGACUCUGAAAGGCCUGACCCCGACCGGCAUGCUGCCCAGUGGGGUGUUGUCUGGUGGAAAGCAGACUUUACAGAGCGCUACCAUUGAGGCCAUUGAAGCCAUCGAGGCGGUUGAGGACGGAGAAGCCAUCCGUGGCUUCUCGCCUCAGCAUAAAAUCAGCAGCUUUGAGGAGGCGAAAGGGCUGGACCGGAUAAACGAGCGCAUGCCGCCGCGGCGCGACGUGCUCAACAGCGUGGGUCUCUCCAUGGGCCGCAUGAACAUGGCCGAGUCCAACGGCACUGACGACAACAGCAAUCUCCAGUGACUCCUCCUUUGACCUUCUGCCCCUCCUCGUUCUUGUAUUAUGCUCUCAAACUCUGUCCCCUUUUUCUGUCCAUCGACAUCUGUUUCCUGUGACUGGUAGACGGACGGCGAUGGUUGAAGACACAGUGUGGAUAAACUACCUGCUGAACGGAUGAGCCAGUUUUCAUUUGCCUUUCAAAACGAGGAUGCAAAUUACAAAUAACAGGGGGAGGAUGAGCAUGUGCAGGGCUGUUGCUUCAGAAUGUGUGUGUGUGGGGGGGUGAUGGUGGGUCUUAAAUAAUUACAUAUUAACUGCAAACUGAUAAUAGGAUGCUGCCGUGCUGUUCUCUGGGAUAAGUUGUUGGGAUAACUGUGUGUGUAUGUGUGAGUGUGUGUGGGUGGCUGGGUUAUGUCAUUAUUCAGUAAGGAUGUAGAGUCGAUUCCCUUUUUCCUUUCCUGCCGGCUGGAAACUGAAUCUAGGAUGCAACCUGAUGAUGAGCAAGCUGGUUACAAAAUGAAAACAAUAGAAAACAGAGCGCUGCAAGGAAAAAAUGUAUUUAAUUGUCAUUUGUCAUUCUUUUUUCCAUUAUCACUAACACCUUUGUACUAAUUUGAGUUGCUGUGGGUCUGGCACUACCCGAAAACAGUGGGUACAAGCAUGGAAUGCACUCUUUUAGUCAAUGUACUCGCACCUAGGGGCAAUUUAGGUGGGGGACUGGAGCACCUCACGGUGAGGGUUAGGGAUCCUACCUAAGUCAUCAGGACCCUGUUGCUGUGUGCAAGUCACUUUAGACAAGUCAAAUUAAAUUUAUUUGUAUAGCACGUUUUACAAUAGACAUUGUCUCAAAGCAACUUUAGAAUCCAAGACCGACAGACCAAAAACCCCUUUUGAGCAAGCCGAUUUAAAAUAGAAUAACUGUACUACUCACAAAUGAGCUUUGACAGUGGCAAAUUACAGGAAGGAACCCUGAGAGGAACCAGACUCAGCAAGGACCUCCGUCCUCCCUGGGUGCCCUAAAGCAGCGCUCCCCAACCUUUUUUGCACCGCGGACCGGUGUCAUAUAAGAUAUA